AUGAUUCUGCAAUGGGUCGUGUGCGAAGGUGAGGGCUCAGCCCAGCCUUGCUGUGUGGCACUGAGACCAGUUUCUCCCUCUCUGGGCCAGAGCUUACCGGCUAGCCCCGGAAGGCUGCAGGGGCUCUGUGGUCCUCCUGAGAUGCUGACAGUUAUCAGCCACGCCUACGGGUUUCUCUGCAAGGUCUUCCCCCUCCUGGUGGGACAGAAGACAGAACACUGUGAGAAGGGGGCUGGAGGGAAGAGGCCGGGGGGCAGGCUCUCCCCGGAGGGAGGCUUCCUUUCUCACAUGGGUACUAUGAGGCCCCCCGUUGGUGCUUUCACCACACACAACCGUUACGUGCGGCAGGAACUAUUAUGCCCCCAUUUUACAAAUGGAAAAACCAAGACUCAGAGAACAUCACUUGCCCAAACAAGUGGCAAGGCUGAAAUUCAAACCCAGGCGUUGAAGAAACUGAGGAUCACAAAGACAAAGGCCUUUGCCCACGAUGAUAGAGGCACCUCACUUUUGACCACUUGGAGUCCUUUAGCUGCAGCCCCGGUCACCCUCAAUGCCAGCCUACUUAACACCAUCCAAAGUGAAAAGGGCAUUUUUCAGUCUGUGUUUGGGACCCCGUGGACACCCUAGACUCAUGAGAGAUUCAGGGCUGUGGCCAAACCCACCAUUUCAGUAACCCCGAGCACUGCCAUAGAGCAGAGCAUGGUGACUUUCUACUGUGGCACCAAGGACAUCAACAUUACCAUCCAGUGGGUCUCCAACAGCCUCCCCCUUAUAUUCCGUGAACACAUGCAGCUGUCCAUGGAUGGCAAGACUCUCACCAUCCCCACUGUCCAGCAGGAAGACUCCGGGACUUACCAGUGUGAAGUCUGGGGUGUCCCUCAGAUCCAAAGCAGUGAUCCCACCUUCCUGGAUGUGAACUAUGGUCCUGAUGCUGUUGAAAUCAAGUUGGGAUCAGGUGUACCCAGCGGGGAGGUCAUUGAGGUGAUAGAGGGCUCCACCGUGAACUUCUGGGUGGAAACGUCUCACCCAACUCCUGCCUAUACCUGGUUUCUACCCAAUGACUGCAUUCUGUCUCUCACCAUGAAAGCAUUUACCAUCUGUGCCAUGUCCAGAGAUCAAGGGGGCAUGUAUAGAUGCUUGGUGUCCAACAAUGCCACCCAGCUGUCCCUCCUGGGUGCUCUUAGAGUCCAAGUCCUUGGUGAACUGACAAAGCCUCUAGUCAUGUGCCUAAGCCUGAAUCUUGUGGAGGAUGUUGGGUCCAUGCCCCUGUCCUGCCAAACUAUCCAUCAGUGGGUUGGUGUCGAGUGGUUCCUGAGUGGCCAGCCAUUCCUGCCCAGUGAGCACCUGGUACUGUUGGCUGACAACAGGAUCCAGGUCAUUCACCACCUCUGGCGGAACAACACGGAGCCCUACAAGUGUGAGAUCUGGAACCAGGGCAACUGAGCACAGAGUGAGCCCCUUGGGGGUCUGACCAUCAACUAUGGUCCUGACUAAGUGGACACCACCAGGGGGUCCACAUCUGGGGUGGUCGGCAUCAUCAAGGUGGGACUCAACUCUAGCCGGACCCUGCACUGUUGGGCUGAGUCCAAGCGAGGCACCGAGUAUUGCUGGACCCUAGGACACUCUGCCAGGGAGUGUGUGGGGGAGUAGCUGAUCACUGGGGCUCUGACCUGGGAGCACAAAGGGACCUACAACUGCACAGCCUUCAAUCCUCUGACCCACCUGGCUUGCUCUGCCUUGGUCCUGGUCAAGGUGGUCAAUCCCCAGUCCUCCUCCAUGUCUGCAGUGGCCUUCGCUGGCAUUGUUAUCAGGAUCCUGGCUGUCACUGCCCUGGUCUCAGGACUGGGCUAUUUCCUCUACAUUGGAAAUGCCAGAUGUGGAGAUGGGCAGGGACUAGAGGCAGAGAAGACUGAGGGCUUUGGGGUUUCAGGCCCUCAAGGAGAGGCAGAGAACCCCAUCCAUGAGGCCACACAACCCACCUCUGAGCAGAACCCUACAGAGCCCAUUUUCACUCUGGGCUGGGAUUCACUUUCUCUAGACAGGCUGAGGCCCAAAUGUGACAAUAUACUCAAGGCCGAGGGACAGUUUGGAGUCAAAAGGGUUGCCUGCAGGACCAAAGGAGAAUGUCGCGCAAAGCAUCUGACAGGCAGUAGGUGCCCGGCAGAAGCCCCGGCCGUUUCCAUCGGAUUCCGAUUUCAGGGCGACUCCCGGGCGUCAAGACGGGCAAAGCGCCACCUCUCCCAAGUCGGCCACUCCCCAAUCGUCGCUGCUCUGGCCUCGUCGCAGUGCUCCGCAGAAACCUCGGAUAUGCACAGUCGCGGCUCCCCCGCCGCCGGUAACCCGAUCCCACCACCCGCUUCCAGACUGGUCGCGUCCACGCCCCACCUUCCCGGAGGAGCCAGGUCCGCCCACUCACCGCCCACGCCGCGGAGGCUUCUGGGGAUUGUAGUUCCGGCUCGCCGAGUCCACGCGCACUUCCGGGUUCGGCCAGAAGCGCAGCCAUUGUCCCGCGCGCGGAUGUUUGUUGUAGCCCAGCACCUCGGCCCUUCAGAGUUAACCCCGCUUGGCCUUGCGGAUGCUGACUAG